AUGGCGGACAUUGGGCCCUCGGUGCCGUGCAUGGCUUCCCGAAUGGCGCGCGUGCCUGUGAUGCCGCUGGUGCCGGCGAUGCCGGCAGUGCCUGCCACGCCUGCGACGCCCUCGGAGCCUUCGUGGCGCCGGCGCCGAUGCGAGGAGGCGCCCUCGGCACUCGGCGCUCUCGCCUUGGGUGCCUUCGGCUUUGGCAAACGGCAGAAGCCCUUGAAGCGGCAAAGGCUGCGGAGGGCGACCGCGUCCCGGGUGGCCGUGGCCGGCGGGCCCGGAUCGAGCGAGUCGGAGCCAGAGUCCAAGCUGGAGCUGCAGUCCGAGUUCGAUGCUGAGGACCCGGAGCUGCGGGUGGAGGCGGCCAACCAGGUGGGCGCGAUGAACGUCACCAGCACCCUCUGGCCCCCGAAGAGGGAGCAAGCAGACACCGCCGAGCUCACACCGGUGCGGCAAGAGACGACCGUGGGGCGCUUCACGGGCACGGCGCCGACCUUCCCGCAGUGGCCCUUCUACCAGCUGACCAACUUGGAGGAGGUCCGAACUCUUCAGAAAGGCGACGAGGAUCUCCAGACCUACAAGGUAGUCGACUUCGUCUCCUCUAAUGGCUUGACACGCGCCUUUGCCUUGGCCAGUCGCUGGCAGAAGCAGAAUCUGGGCCGAUCGGCUGGUUUCGACCGCUUGGGCGCGGGCGUCCUGAGCGGAUUUAAACACACAACGAAGAUUCUCCUGCGCCAGCUGCAGGGCCUCAACGUCCUGUCCAACUGGCAAGUGGAAAAGUCGGAUGAAGGCGUCGACGUUUCGGAUCUCUCCGAAGAGCAGCUGGCGGGCUUCCUGGAGGAGGUCGACGCCUCGGAGUUCACGGCCGCGGAGUUUCGCGCCGUGGCGCCUGUGGGCCGAGAGGCCUGUGUCACCGGCCUUGUCGGGACCAACGGCUCCGCUCUAGCCAUCUGGACUUUGGAGGAGAGCCUCAACAUCCAGAUCUGCCUAGGACACGACUGUCUGGACCAGGGCCCGCUUGCGGAGGAGCGGCUCCUGCGCCUCCUGGCGGGCCGAGCCCGGGCAAAGGCGGUGCCGCUCCGCUGCCGCGCUCGCUUCACGGAGAAAGGCAAGCUGCUGGUUCCCUGCAAAGCCUUGAGCUUCGAGCUGGUGCGGACGAGGAAGCUACUACGUGAUGCGACGUCGGCGCCCGGGGAGAAGCAGUUCAAGGUGGACACCAGCGAUGAGGAUGCCUUGAGCAACCCGGACUUUACCAAAGCAAAGAUCUUCGAAGACAUCCCGGAGGCAGUUCCAGGACUUCGCACCUGGCUGCUACUCCUUUGUCUGGAGGAUCGGCUUGGGCUGGUGAACGAGUGGUGCGAGGAGCAAGGCGCGGCCCUCUUGGAGGAGGUGAUCGAGGGCCGCGCAGAUCUGGCGGACUUCCUGGCCGAGCGUUCCGACCUCUCCCCCGGGGAGCGGCAAGCUCUCCUCGAAAGAGACCGUUAA